GCACACGGACAGAGCCCUGACAACGAUUUUUAAUGCCAUAAAAAUAAUAUUCAUAUUUUACAAAAAUGUUUGCAAUAAAAUAACAUAAACAAUCAUGCAAGAAUACAAGUUAGAAAAACUAUCAAAUAAAAUUACCAACAAAAUAUACAACUAUAUUUUUGGUACAUAUUUUCUUCAAAUUGUACAAGUAAAAAAUGAUGCCCUAAACCAAUGUUUAAAUUUUCCUUCAAGUACUGGAACGGCUAUGGAUACUGACGUGUGGACAAGCAGCUAGUUGUGUCGUGGGAGAUGAAAGAGCGGUGUGGGGACAGGGACAAAUGCACUUGAGUGGUUAAGAAGGACGGACUAUACUUGAGACAUGGAAGACGAUAUUUUUAGUAACAAGUACACGGUAACGAGAGGUGGAAUGAGUAUGUUCAGCAUGAUGUCCUCCAGAAAGCUUGCAGCUAAUUUAGCUAUGCGGCGAUGUUGUUCAGUAUGAUUAUGAAGAUUGUAACAAUGUCGUGAUUUUCGUAUCGGUAUGUUGUUAUUCGUGUUAAUAAAACUAAAUUAAUGUGUAACUUUAUAAAUGGUGAAAGUGAGAAAGAACGUAUAUAUAGUUUAUGCAUGUCAUCAUCGAAGAACCUUGAGAGUUUAAGACAAGACAUUGUGCGUCUCUGAUUUGGAAGUGAUAAUAAUUCUGUUUUUAAUACUUAACUAAUAAGGUGUAAAUUUGAUUAAUGUUGUGGAUUCAUUGUUAAAGAUACAAAACUAUCCCAUAAUAAAAUUUAUAUAACAUUCAUUUAAACAUAACGUUCUAGACUUUUCAGCCUAUGUGAUAAAACAAUCUCAAAGAGGAUGAUGACAAUUGUGGUCAAAUUUUCUGAGAGACAGCACAUAUUGUUAUUCAACUUUUGCGAUUUGCUUUCUGUUUUAUAACCAAAAAUAGAUGAAAAUACCUUCUAGUAUUUCUAAAUAUGGCAGCGGCAGCAGUAACGGUCUAGCUAGUUGUCAUCUAAUGGACAUUUAUAUAUAGGUCACACCUUCACCUGUUCAAAUAUGUUCCGUAAGCUCCAAGACUCGACGAUAAAUCAACAUUCAAGAAAACAUAGCAAACGAUUAAUCCAAAUGGCAAGAAACCAAGGCUUGUGGUUCUUCGUGGCGGCGGUUGUGGCCGUAGCAUUGUUACCCGCACCGACAAUGGCGGGUCGUCUAGAGCUAAGGAACGAGAUCGAAGGGGUCGUUCUCCGGAAAGCGAAGCUGUCCAUGCGGUGCUGGUCGAACGAGGACGACCUCGGGUGGGACGUGAUAAAGCCAAUGGAGUCACGGCUGUGGAAGUUCACGACAAUGAACAUGUGGCCGUUCCAGAAGACUGAGUUUCGGUGCCAGUUUCGAAGCGGGUUUGGAACAACGAACCAAGAAGUGGUGACCGUGUUCUCUGUCAAAAGCGGGUUUCGGAAGGAGUGCGGAUUCUUAGGAGAUGAGUGCACUUGGGUAGCGAAGAGAGAUGGGUUCUAUCUGAGGAAGGCCAUAAGGGACAAGGAUGCUACUAAGACCUUUGUUGAUAUCCUCAAAAGCAAAUGGGUUUGGAAAUGGUGA